GGAGACGGCGUUUCUGUACAAGCUGCGUGUGACGUCAGACAGACAGCAGGCACUAGCAGCCGGCACGGCACGCUGUGGGAUACGAGAACUCAACCCUUGUGUCUGGGUGGAGAAACAUGGCUACCGCAGUUGAGAGCUGAACUCGUUCACCUGCUGUGCUUAGUGUGAUCAACAACAGCGAGUGUUCAAGACGAUUGCUGGUAGUAUUGUAUAGAUACGUGGACUGAGUGUUUUAACCUUUAAAUAAAAGACAGUUCACCAGAGUAUAAGAGAAGGCUGUGUGUUUAUGAGACGCGUCUGUGAAAUGAAAGAAGAGAUGGAUAUCUGCGCAUCCUCCGCGUCUCUCCUUGAGGAAGAACUCGCCUCUGCUAUCGAGCCUGCAGUGAAAGCGGCUGUGCUGAGCGUCAUGUCUGCGUUAGCAAAGUUCGUGGACAGUAAAUGUGCAGUUUUCAAUCUCAGACUGGACGAAAGAGACCAAGAAUUCGAAAGCGUGAGAUUGCGAUUGGAAAUAGCGGAGAGCGAUUUGAAAGCAAUGCGAGACGGAGAAUACAUGAACACUGCCGAGAAAAACUUCACCCAAUCUCUCACAAACACUGAAACACAAUACCACGGGAGCGACAGUAUUAUUGCUCAGGGGCUGCCGGCGCGGGAUUUCUCCACUCUUCCAGUUCAGCCAGUCAGGGAUCCGGUGCCUGCAGUCCACACCGCACUGAAAAACUCCCGUGUUUUAAUCCAGGAGGAUGGAAGCUAUUCCGAGCAGGACCUGCUGAUGCGAGGUGAUGACUCUGAACAGAGAGACCACACAAGCACAGCGGGGUGGAGAAGAGCACUGAAAGGUCCUGCAGAGAGAAAUGCUCUCCCUCAUGCUGAGGAAGAGUCGAUGGCAGAAUCAGUUCCCAUUCAAGAGGAGUUCUUUGACCAGGAAUGGUGCAGGAGUCUAAAGCAGGCUACAGAGCUGGCAUCUAUUGAAGGGGAGGAGGAGAAACCUGCACUAGAUCCUGUCCACAUUAAUGAAGAGAUCCCUGGAAUUGAACCGGUCAUCAUUAAAGAGGAGGUUCUUGAACGUGAGUGUGACCCCAUUGAAGAGGGGGGUUCUGACCACUUUGAAAGACGACAGCAAAUUCACACAGGAGAGAAACUGCAUCUCUGUACUGUUUGUGGGAAGAGUCUCAGUACAUCAACAGAGCUGAAAAGACACCACCGAAUUCACACAGGAGAAAGACCGUACUGCUGCACUGAAUGUGGAAAGAGUUUCAAUACCUCUACAGAACUGAAAAGACACCGUCGCUUUCACACAGGAGAGAAGUUACACCAUCUUAAAACACACCAGCAAAUUCACUAUGGAAAGAAACUGUAUCACUGUAGUGGAUGUGAGAAGAGUUUCACUCAGUUAGGAACCCUGACAUUGCAUCAGCAAACUCACACAGGAGGGAAGCUGUAUCACUGCACUGACUGUGCAAAGGAUUUCAAUACAGCAGGAGAGCUGAAAAUACACCAGAGAUCUCACACAGGAGAGAAACCGUAUCGCUGCACCGAGUGUGAGAAGAGUUUCAAACAACUAUCCCACCUUAAAGCCCACCAGCGAAUUCACACAGGAGAAAGACCGUACUGCUGCACUGAAUGUGAUAAGAGUUUCACUACCUCUACAGAUCUAAAAAGACACUGUCGCAUUCACACAGGAGAGAAGCCGUAUUCCUGCACUCAGUGUGAGAAGAGUUUCAAACAGUUACACCAUCUUAAAUCACACCAGCGAAUUCACUAUGGAAAGAAGCUGUAUCACUGUAGCGAAUGUGAGAACAGUUUCUCUCAGUUAGGAACCCUGACAUUGCAUGAGCGACUUCACACAGGAGGGAAGCUAUAUACAGCAGCAGAGCUCAAAAUACACCAGCGAUCUCACACAGGAGAGAAACCGUAUCGCUGCACUGAGUGUGAGAAGAGUUUCAAGCAACUAUCCCACCUUAAAGCCCACCAGCGAAUUCACACAGGAGAGAAACAGUAUCAUUGUGAUGACUGUGAGAAGAGUUUCAUUGUGUCUGCAGACCUGAAGAGACACCAGCGAAUUCACACAGGAGAGAAGCCGUAUAGCUGUGAUCACUGUGGGAAGAGAUUCAAUCGGGCAGAAAAUCUGAUGUCACACCUUCAGGUUCAUUCUGGGGAGCAGUCGACUCACUGCGCUCAAUAAGAGAGAUUUUAUUUUCCACUCCCAGUUGUAAAAGCACACAGUAUCCAGACACUUCACUAGGAACAGUAGCACUGUGCCUCCAUCACAAGAUGACUCAGUCUAGUAUAAGCGGAGAGUAUAUAAGACCCUGAGAUGCAACUGGACUUUUUGAUCCCUUUGUCAAAAUGAUUUUGUCUUCUGAUCCUUGAUUGUCUGAGUUAUUAAAAUGUAAAUCCUG